AACCGAGAUAUUUGAGUGGGGUGGUCGAGUGUGAGAAAAUGACAGGCCAAGCAGUCCUUCAGAAAACAAGGUCCUCUGUUUUAAAGCAGAGACGAUCAUUAAAGCAACAUUCUUGACUAAGCCAAACAAGAAUAUCUCUCUCUCUGCAACACGUAUAUCACUUCUUUUACACUUUCCCGGGAUCCGAGUGACCUUUGUUUUUGUGAAAACGCAGAGAUUGUCUUUCACACAAACUUGAACUCCUAUCUGAAAGACUGAAACAAAAGCUCCACAAUGUGCUUCUUCCAGAAUUGAGCUACAGUCAGAUUUUCAUUUUGUGUCCCAGCCUGCAUUUUUGGGAUCAAACCAGAGUUGGGUUUUGUUUCUUUUACAGCAUAGAUUGAUGGCUCAUCCACAAGACCAUGGCUUUUGUUCCAACAGUGCUGUGAGGCUGGCUUUGGUUAUGAUAGGUGUGUGUUUGGUUGGUUACACCGUACGUCAAUCAUUUUAUUGGCGCUUUAAGGAGGGUAGUUCAUGCCCUUCAUGUCACUGUGAUUGUUCAGAGGACUCUGUCCUCGUACCUAUAGCAGAUAUUAUCAACGACUCAUUUACAGAUUGUGGUAAACAUGAACCAGAAAUGAAAGAGGAAAUGGAGAAGGAUAUCAUAGCAUUGAUGUCCGAAGAGCUAAGUUUGCAGCAGACUGUUGCCAAUGAAACCUUGCAACAGAGCGAAGCACUGUUGAUGAGUGCUAGGAAAGUCUCUUCACACUACCAAAAAGAAGCAGAAAAAUGCACUGCAGGAGUGGAAACUUGUGAAGAAGCAAGGGAGAGGGCUCAAGCGCAACUUGCAGAAGAGCUAAAGGCUUCAGAAGUAUGGGAGAGACGAGCUCGGGAGCUUGGGUGGGAAGAUAUGAGACUAUACUGAUGAACGUACUUGUUAACCUGUUGUUCUUUAACGUUGGAAUGUUUGGCCUUCAUUUGCCGGAUUGCAUGUAAAGCUAGUGCUCGGAGGCCAUUGUUGUGAAUACAAAUAAUUAGCACUCUGUUUUCUAAGAUGUUCUAUUGUUUUGAGAAUGAAGUUUCUUUCAAAAGUUUCGAUACCA